AUGAAAAUUUUUACCGUGAUUCUUGUUCUUGCUGUCAUAUCUUUUGGAAUUAUAACUCCUUCUGUUAAUGCUGAAGAUGUAAUCCGAUACAAUAUGACUCUCGGUUUCAAUAAUCAAUUAACUAGUUAUACUUGCGACUCUGGAUAUCAUUUAUGUUCAGACAGUAUAGGGAAUUGUUGUGUGAAUGGAUAUUUCUGUUGUGCAGAUGGUGAAGGUGGAUGCUGUCCAGAUGGAACAUCCUGUCAACCUGGAUACAAAUGUUCCAAAGGCGGAAUAGGCGGAUUAAGUCUUACUACUACAAUAAUAAUAAUAGUGGUAGCAGUUAUUGUGGUAUUAUUUGUAAUCUCUUGUUGUAUCAAACUAUGUAAAUCAAACGGCACACCGGCAGUCAAUGGCUCUUUAACUACCAGGGAAAAUCGACGCCCUCAGACGGCUUAA